AUGGGUCGCCGGAAGAUCGAGAUUAAACCUAUCAAGGAUGAUCGCAAUCGCUCUGUUACAUUCCUAAAGCGAAAGGCCGGUCUCUUCAAGAAGGCGCACGAGCUGGCCGUUCUUUGUUCCGUCGACGUCGCAGUUAUUAUCUUUGGUCAAAAUAAAAAACUCUAUGAUUACUCGUCAUGCGAUAUGCCCGAGUGUAUUCAUCGCUUCCAAUAUUUCAAUGGUGUCCGUGAACACAAAGGCCUAGAAGAUUUUAACAAAAAUGAAGAAGACGACGACGAUGAAGAUCAUACACCUGCGCCCGAGGAUAUGCAAAUUACCCAAAACCAUCCCGGCGCGCCCCCUCUUCUGCAUCAGCAACCCGGUUUCCAGCAUAUAAACCACGCUCCAUCUGCAUCUCCUCCCGUCCCGAACAAUCUCCCAACACGACAUGGUACCCCACAGUCUCAGGCUUCUCGUCCUUCAUCUAGAAAUCAUAUUCGUCGCGUCAGCUCAAAUCUCGGUCCCCAUCAACACGCCACGCCACCGCCUCCCGGUCCCCCGAAUGGAUUCUACAUGCCCAACCCAUCAAUGUACAAUCCAAACGUUCACGGUGCCAUGAAUCAGCCUCGUCCCGGUCAAUUCGGACAAUUCGCUCACCCUCCACCCGUUCCCCAAGGAACACCACCACAAGGAAUCGCUCACCCGCACGGUCUCCCGCCUCAACAGAUGCCUCAACAGCAUCCGCAGCAGCAUCAACAGCAACACCCGCAGCAUCAGCACUUCCAACAUGCACACGCCGUGGCCUCACAGCAAAUGGGUAUGCCUCCAGGCUCUCACGCACCAGUCCAACAAGUCUCCCAAGCAUACAUGUCCGAUCAAGGAGGAAACCGAGGCUCAAUGCCCCCAGCAUACCCUCCGGAAAAUCAAGAACGCGAAAACAACGAUAAUACGUCAGGUGGUCACCUAAAGCCAGAACACAGCCAAUCCCCACCUCAACCAAAAUCCAUGUCCAAGUCCCGGAGUAUCUUCACCCCAAUCGACGACCGUGGUUCAGUCUUAGCUCAACAUUUCAGAGGAGGCUCAAUGUACGACCAGCAUCGGAUGAACCAAAACCAAAUGUCCCACGAAGAAUCCGCAGCAAGAAUGGCUCAAAUGAACGCCCUCAAUCUAAACCGGACACAAUCUAUUUCCUCAGCCCCGGACAUUCAACCUCUCUCUAUACACUCAGGAACGGGAACGGGAACGGGUCCAGGUCCAGAUAUCCAACCCCUCCAACGUACAAACAGCGGCCAACUCCCCUCCAAAAGACCCCAACUGAAAGUUCAAAUCCCAUCUGAAAGCUCCGAAGUCGGAAGUGUAACAGGCGACACCGCAGAAGGAGAUUCAUCCCGCGACUCAGCCAACAAAUCCACCCCAGCAAAAGCAGACCACCCACCUAAUGGAAGCGGAGUCGUUCUCCCCCCACCCUCCCCAUCAGCAGGAGCAAUCCUUUCCGCCGGCGCACAAGGACCACCGAAUCCAUUCGCGCGCCCACCACCUCCCCAAUCACAAGGUGGUGGAUAUAACGGCUCAACAUCCGCAACGAAUGGAACCGGGGCCGGAGCUGGAAACGGAAACAAUAAUAUUGAAACGCCUAUCUCUGCGCUACCGAGCCGAUUUGUCUCUGAUGCUUUACUACCUUCACCUUCUAGCUUUUUUCCAGAGUGGGGUUUCGGUCGUUCGGGCCCUGACUCGAGUCUGCUUCCUAGUCCGUUGACGUUUCCUACGCCGGCGGUUGGGAAUGGACCGGGUUUCGGGAGAGAGGAUGAGCAGGAUAAGAAGAGGGAUUAUCCUGAUGAUGGGUCGCCGGAUGAGGAGACGGUGAAUAAAAAGCAUAAGCCUUGA